AUGGUGGAGAGGAUCGAGAGAAACAAGGAAGGGGUGCCGAUUUGGGAUGGCGCGUCAGCUACGUUCCAGGAAUACUCCGAACUGGCUGAACACUGGGAACAGACAGUUCCCUACCACAAGAGGUACCUCUGUGGACCCAAGUUGCUGAAAGAGCUCACGGGUACGGCAAGGAGGUUUGUCCUGUCGAAGAAGCCUGGAUGGGUUUCGCAUGCCGGAGGGGUCCAGACCCUUUUGAACCACUUGCGGCAGCACUUGGGUUUGCCGCAGUUGGCUGAGAUGUCAGACUUCUUAGCCAGGUACUUCAAGUUGAGUCGCAGGAAGAAGAAUGAGUCCAUGAACGAGUACAUCACCCGAAAAGCUGAACUCUAUGCUCGAGCUGAGACUACACUGGGGAGGGCCCAAAGCCAUUACCAACCAGUCAAGAGCUCUAUGGCAUCCAGGAGUUCCUCAACUACAGGUGAUCGACCACGGCUUGAACAGGUGACUGAAGGUGAAGCUUCCGAAGAACAUGAGUCCAGAAACGAGACAAUACAAGAAGACCGAGCCGAAGAUCCAGGGGAGGAAGAAGAAACCAGAAGUCAUCAGAGCCGACAGAGUCAGGCCUCUUGGAGUGAUCGAUGGUGGUAUGAUGACUGGUGGCACUCGUCAGGGCACUGGUCUAGUGGCUAUAGCUGUGAAGCUCCAGCCUCAAGUACAUGGACUGCUCAAGAAGUUCAACUACUGCCAGAAUUUGUCCAAGGGUGGCUUCUCCUGCAAGACGCUGGACUUGAAGUGAGUGAGAAGAAUAUGAUCCUUGCAGCCAUCAAAGGCGAUUUUCGCCUGGAUCGCGUUGCUCAGGAAUUGAGAAACCAAUGGAAUGAUGAUGAUCUACGACGCCGAGACCAGUCUGGACGUGGAACGGCUUGGAUGGCAAAUGAUGAAGAAUCCCAAGGUGAAGAAAUGGAUGGCCCAGACUGGGCGAAUCUGGCUUAUGCUGGGCUGAAUGCCGAGGGUAUGGCAUUGCUGUCCGAUGCCGAGUCAGAAGCUCAUACGGCCUUAGCCAUGAUUGACCAAGGGAGGCGCACACUCAAAGAAGCCAGGUCCAAACAGAAGUUCGUGAAGUUGAGCCGUCAAUACUACGGCCAACGGUCUUUCAAAGGUGAGGGCAAAGGUAAACAGCAUGUGAAAAAUGUGAACUUCAACAAUGCCGGACCUCCUGGGGGUCAAUGCCUUAGCUGUGGAGGUGCCCACAAAACCUCUGAGUGCCCCAACAAGACGCAGGCACACACUGCGGAAGUUCAAGAACAUGCUCCCUUCAUCUGCAUGACUGACCAGGUGAUGAACACCGACAGCACCAAUGCGAACAUGUCCACCACGCACCAGGCAAUGGAGAAUGGCCGAGCUGUCAUCGAUGGUGGUGCCACACGCACCCUGGGAUCCGUGGCAGCGGUUGAGCGUCUCAUGGCCAUCAAUGCGGAGAACAAUGGUGAUGCGGGGGUAGCAAAGUUAGAUGUGAAUCAAAGACCAGUUUUUGGUUUUGGUAAUUCAUCAAGUGACCGAUGCUUGUCAACAGUUUGGAUGAAGAUCCUGGCCGAAGGCCGGGAGGGUCACUUGAAGGUACACACGCUGGACAAAGGUGAAGGUCCCAUUUUGUUUUCCGUAGAAACUUUGAGGUCACUGGGAGCUCUCAUAGACUUUGAACAUGAUUUGAUUGUUUUUCGACAUUUGUCGAAUGAGCGCAUCAUACAAUUGGAGCGCUCAAGCUCAGGUCACCAGUUGCUUCCACUUGCGCAGGUUGUGAUGAAUCUGUUGAUGUUGUUAGUGCUGUUGUUUGUGAAACAUCCGGUAAUUUGCAAAACACCAGUGGUAGUUCCUCUGAUGAUCACUCAGCGAGCGUCUCACCAGCAGUCGCGGCAGCCACUGUGUAUCGAGAUCAACUCGCUCUUGGUGAUCCCCCGACUUCGCUCAUCGACGUUGACAGCCAUGCCAGCACCUACCAAGGCGCAGUUGAUUGCAGAGCUGACCAGCAUGGGAGAAGUACCACCCUCAAGUUGGACUCUUCAAGAACUCAAGAUGCGUGCGGAGGAGCUUCGUCAGGAGCAUGGGCUGUUCGAAAAAAACAAGAAGAACCACUCUCCUUUGCGCACGAUGAUCAUCGAUCUGAACAAGGCCAAGAAGGAGAAGAAAGAGACCCUGCGGCAGCAUGUCUCGCAGGUCUUGCGAGUGCCCCUGUCGGGCAACGAAACCAUGGACCAGCUGAUGACCAAGGGCCUGCAGGCCAUUUACGAUCUGGCUCCAGCAACAGGAACAGAUCCUGUGGGCUUUGGGGUUCAUGCGGCAAAGUCCUACGAGGACCUCUACCGGAGGCUGUUGCGCCUGGCCAAUUGGCUGUACCAACGGAACCAGAACAAUCAGAACACGGUGGUGCCGGGAGCUUACUCCCCCAACACGUUGCCAGUGGCCCCGACCUUCCUGAAGACCGAAGUUGGGCAGACAUCAGCCGGCUCCAUGCCGAAUCAGUCCGACUCCAAUGGCCCCAUGAUCCAGAUGAUGCAGCAGCUGAUGCACACAGUUGCCUCCCUGAACGAGGAGGUCCAGAACCUCAAGGAGGAGAGACCCCACAAGAAGGAGGGCAAGGCGGUGAGCGAGGCUACUUCGGGCAGCUUCGAGGGUAGUUUGACCCGAAAGUCGGCGUUCUACACCAAAGAGUUUGCAAAGAGAGUUUGUGAGGAUCAUGGGUCAUGUAACAUGAGUAAAGAGGAAAUUCAACGUCGUUUGUACUUGUUGCAUGCUGCCACUGGUCACAGCCCUGGUUCACGGUUCAAGGUAGGAAGGGUUGUGUUGACAGGAAAAAAGAAACACAUAUCCGCAGCCAUUUUCAUCAAAACCUAUCCUGAUGGAGCAUUCCGUAGCUAUGAACUGAGUGAAUUCUGCGAUCAACACCACAUUUACCUGGACCUAGUACCCAGUGAGGGGCAUUGGAAACUGGGAGUGUGUGAGCGGGCAGUUCAGUCGACGAAAAGCAUGCUUGAAAAGGUAUUUCAUGAACACCCUGAAACCACUCCGGAAGAAGCUCUCUCAGAGUGUGUCCGAGCCCUCAACUGCCGUGAAAUCAUCAGAGGAUACUCACCCAUGCAACAUGUUUUGGGGAAGUCACCUGAUGAAACAGACAGGAUUUUCAAUCCACAGAUGGUACAGUCUCCAGAACUGACAUAUGAUAAUCCGACAGUGGUGCACCACAAAACGGAGGCGCUCCGACUCAGUGCAGAAAAAGGGUUUUUGGAAUGGAAUGCAAAAGACCGGCUCAUGCGAGCGACACAUUCUCGACACAGGAGAGUGUUGAAUUUUUCUGCAGGUGACUUGGUGUACAUAUGGAGGAAGCAAGUCACUGGAGAAGAUACCAAACCUGGAAACAAUACACGAGGUCGUUUUGUGGGCCCAGCACGGAUUUUAGCAACAGAGAAAAAACGUGAUGAACAAGGUCACUUGACAGCAGGUUCUUCUGUCUGGUUGGUACGUGGCCGGCGGUUACUGAAAUGCUGCCCCGAGCAACUUAGACAUGCUUCUGAUCGUGAAAGGAUCUUGGAAGAACUACAUGCACCUGAUCCACAACCAUGGUCAUUUCCCCGCAUUGCCGAUGAGUUGGGAGGCAAUGAAUAUGAAGACUGGAGUGAACAACCCAUGGAACUAGAAUGGAAACGGGCAGCUGAUCCUGAACAGGAAUGGCAGCCUACUUUACGACAAAGAGGGAAGAGAAUGAAACCACUUCAGCACGGAGAUGCCGAAGAUUUGGAUCGAGGACAUGGACAGCCCGACACCGGAGGUGCCGAAUCCUCAAGGAUUUCAGGCCCAAGGGCACGUCAGAGGUCAAGAAGUCCAGUUCGAGGAGAUGUGUCUUACAAAAUGCCUGAAGGAUUUCAAGCAGCACCCCACUGGGAAGCUCAGCUACCAGAUCAUGCAUUUCUGUCUCAGGAAGAGCCCAGCAUCUGGAAGCAAGAUACAGCAGUACAAGUGGAAAUAGACAUGCCCGAGAACCGGAAUGCCUCUGAAAAGGCCUUGAAAUCACUACAGUCAUACUUUGCAGCCUCGCUGAAAAGAAAGGCAAUUGAGGUUUCUGAGAAACGCCUGACAUCAGAGGAAAGAUUGGCUUUUCAAGGAGCAAAACAGGUGGAGGUCACAAACUUCAUUGCUGCGAAAGCCUUUGAAGCACUUCCAUCAGGGUACAAAGCAAGCCGAUCUGAUGCUGUGAAAAUGAGAUGGAUCCUUACGUGGAAGACAUUGCCAUGUGGUGGUCGAAAGGCAAAAGCUAGAGCAGUGCUCCUUGGAUACAUGGAUCCUAGCUACUCUGAACGUGCCACAACAUCACCAACCACCACUCGACAGACCAGACAAAUACAACUGUCGAUAGCUGCAGCAAAGAACUUUCAGACUUGGAAGGGAGACGUCACAGGAGCCUUCUUGCAAUCAAGAGACUACCCAAACACUCUGUUGUGCAUACCAUGCCCUGAAAUCUUGGAGGCGAUGGGACUUCCACCAGAAUCCAUGACCCUGGUUCGAAGAGCCUGUUAUGGGUUGGUUGAUGCACCUUUGGAGUGGUACAGGUCAGUCAGCUCCUAUUUCGAUCAACUUGGCUUAAGGCGAUGUUGGUCCGAUCCUUGCUGCUGGACGCUUUGUGAAAAAGGCAAGCUUCUUGGAAUCAUCUCAGGCCAUGUUGACGAUUUCUUGUUUUCUGGGGAUGAACAUAACCCUAAAUGGAUGCAAGUCAUGGAAGCUAUUAAAAAGGAAUACCGAUGGUCCGACUGGGAAACCAAUGACUUCAUACAAUGUGGGGUUCGGGUCCAAAGAGAACAAGAUGGUUCGUACGCUCUGUCACAAGAACAGUAUGUUGAAGAUUUGAAAUACAUCAAUGUCAGGGCUCACCGGAAAAGAGACAAACAUGGUGACACGGAUGAACUGGAAAAGAGCCAGCUGAGAACCUUGUUGGGAGGGGUUAGCUGGUUUGCGCAACAGGUGGCACCCCAGUUUUCCGCCGAAGUUGGACUGUUGUUGAGUGAAGUUAGUAAAAGUACGGUUGAAACCUUGUUCAGGGCUAACAAGUUGAUGCACCAGGUCAAAGAAUCCAAACAUCAUCGGUUGUUGGUCCCCAAAAUCGACUUGGACAGUUUUGGUUUGUAUGCUUGGUGCGAUGCCGCUGGUCAAAACAGAGUUGAUGGCAGUAGUACCCAGGGUUAUUUAAUUGGGUUGUCUGGUUUGGGGUUGUUGAAAGGACAAUGUGAAGCUGUUUCUCCUUUGUGUUGGAAUUCUUCUAAAAUCCAGCGGGUUUGCAGAAGUCCGGGUGCAAGUGAAGCCGUUGCAUCAGUCAAUGCCGAAGAUGCCUUGUUCUUUUGCAGGUUUCAGUUUGCUGAAAUGCUUGGAUAUCCAAUUCAAAUCAGGCAGGUCAAUCAGGUGGUUAACACUAUUCCGGGUUGUGUGAUCACUGACUCAAGAAAUGUCUAUGACAAGACUGCUUCGGAAGUGGUCUGCGCACGUGGCUCAGAACGUAGGGUGGAUUUGGAGUUAAUGGCAUUAAAACAUGCCCAAUUGCGCAAUGGCAUCGUAGUGCGUUGGGUGCACUCUGAGGCCCAGCUGGCGAACUCCUUGACCAAGAAUGAGCAGCGGCAGCUUCAGCUUUGGUUUUCUAUGCAACAGCGCUGGCGCAUCGUGCAAGAUGCUUCAAUGUCUUCGGCAAGGCGGCGCAAGGAGAUGGGAAAGGCACCACUGGAAGAUGGAACCAGGGUGAACACUGAGGACUUAGAAAGUAAUCAAAAUACCUGA